AUGGCCCCAACAAAAGGCCCAGCCAAGGGCAAAUCGUCCACCAAAGGCGACUCGAAAAAUAAAAAGGUACUCGGCGCAAAAGUCAACAAGAAGAAUGUGAAGCGACCUCCGCCGAAAGAAGUAAAAACCAAGGCUCGCACUGAGAAAAGCCAACUCAAGAAGACGAAAAAGAGAGAGUACACAGAGGCGGAGUUGGACCUUCCCAAAUUGAACAUGAUUACGCCCGUCGGAGUUGUGAAUCCCAAGGGGAAGAAGAAGGGCAAGACGUUCUGUGAUGAUCCGGAGGCGAUGAUGACAAUUUUUGCCAUGGUUAAUGCGGAGAAAGAGGGACAGAUCGAGUCUAAGAUUAUGAAGGCCCGGCAACUAGAGGAGAUUCGUGAGGCGAAGAGGAAGGAGGCGGAGGCCCGACAGUCGGAGAAGAAAUCCAAGCUGGAGGAUGUGAAGGAGUCGAUUCGGCAAAAGCGCAAGGGAAACGGCAGCAAUACUGAAGAAAAAAAGUCGAAGGAUGCCGCAAAGGCAGACGACUCCGGGUCAAAAUCGAAAUCAGGUGGAAAGAGGAAAAGCGUCGCGUUCGCUUAA